CCCGUGACGGCGGCGCGGCGAAUUUGAAAUUUGUGCGGGCUGAAGCGGAGCGGAGUGGGCGGCAUGGCUGGAACGGGACUGGCGGGCGGGAGCGUCGCUGGGCUGCAGGGGGGAGCCGAGGAGGCGAAGCCAGGUCCCACCCAGCAGGAUGAGGACACCUGCAGCGAUUAUGGAAGCCGUGACAAGCCGGGCACUGCCCUGGGGAGGACUGUACCGGAUGGGAGCGCGCUUUUUCCUGAUGUUUUUCGCACGGAUCAUCUUUUGUUUUAUGAGCGAUUUAAAGCUUACCAGGAUUACAUUUUGGCUGACUGCAAAGCUUCUGAGGUGAAGGAAUUCACGGCUGAGUACCUGGAGAAGGUCCUUGAGCCGUCGGGAUGGCAGGCUGUUUGGCGCACUAAUGUGUUUGAGGUCCUCGUGGAGGUGGUUGAUGUGGAGUACUCAGAUCUGAAGGCAGUUGUGCAGCUCUGUGAGCCUUUCCUGUGCGAGUCACAGGUUAGCACCUUUACGUUGGAAUGCAUGCAGGAACUCUUGGAGCUGAAGGAGCGUCGGAUACCGCUGCAGGAGCUGUGGGUUGUGUAUGAUGAGUCGGGAGAGUUUGAUCAGACAGCACUAGCUGUGGAGCAUGUCAGGUUCUUCUACGAGUGCAUCUGGAGGACCUGGGAUGAGGAGGAGGAGGAUGAUUUUGAUUACUUUGUGCGAUGUGUGGAGCCUCGACUGAGACUGCAUUAUGACAUCCUUGAGCACCGUGUGCCUUCUGGUCUUGUUGCUGAUUACCACAACUACUUGUCUCAAUGUGAAGAGCUCUACAGGAAGUUUUUAAAUGUGAGGAACAACAUAUCAAGCAGUGAUUCAGACUCUGAAAUGGAAAAUGUCUCCAUGGUGGAGGGAUUAAAGUUGUAUGAGAAAAUAGAGCACUUGAAACAAAAACUAAAACUAAUUGAGAAUCCUCUGCUGAGGUAUGUAUUUGGUUACCAAAAAUACAGUGGUCUCCAAGCUAAAGGUCAGAGACCAACAGGUAUCAAGAUCACUCAUGUUGUGUCCGCAACGGUGAUGGCGAGUCUCUUGCAGUCUUUGAUAAGGGACAGACUUUGCCCUGAGUCUUGUGGUGAAGAACUAGAAAUACAGUUCCACAAUGAUCCGCUGGCAGCUGUAAAUGCUUGUUAUGAAGGAGACACAGUCAUCAUCUGUCCUGGUCAUUACGUUGUGGAUGGCGUGUUCUGCAUUGCUGAUUCUAUUGAAGUGGAAGGCUAUGGCCUGCCAGAUGACAUUGUGAUAGAAAAGCAAGGGAAAGGAGACAACUUCGUGGACUGUACAGGAGCCAAUAUAAAGAUCUCCAAUUUGAAGUUGGUGCAACAUGAUGCUGUGGAAGGGAUUUUAAAUGUUCAUCAAGGGAAAACAACUUUAGAGAAUUGUGUAUUACAGUGUGAAACUACAGGCAUAACUGUACGAACUUCAGCUGAACUGUUAAUGAAGAACUCAGAUCUGUAUGGUGCCAAGGGUGCUGGUGUGGAAAUAUACCCAGGUAGUACGUGCACCUUGUUGGACAACGGCAUACACCACUGCAAGGAGGGAAUACUCAUAAAGAAUUUCUUAGAUGAACAUUAUGACAUUCCCAAAAUAAGCAUGGCCAAUAAUGUGAUCCAUAAUAAUGAAGGAUAUGGUGUGGUCCUGGUAAAACCAACUGUUUCUUCUGAUGUAAAGGAUGCUUCAGCAGAAGGAACAACAGGGGAUGCACAGUCUACCCAGUCAAGUGAUGAAAAAGCACAUGUAGAGGGCUUCAGACAAGAACAACUACCUGAGUGUGUAGCUGAUGAAUUGGAGUUUUAUAAGCAAGCUGAGAUUUCUGAAGGCAAUCAUGAAAUUGUAAGUGAACUUGGUGCUGCUUCUGCAAAGAAGAGUCAGAUGCACAGGAAAAGGCUGAGUGAACUGGGAAUCACAGAAGCUGAUGACAACUUAAUGUCACAGGAGAUGUUUGUUUCUAUUGUGGGCAAUCAGUUCAAAUGGAAUGGCAAAGGAAGUUUUGGUACUUUUCUCUUCUGACAAUCCUGAUUCCUAGUGGCAUUGUAAUAAGAUUUGCACAAGCUGUUUUUUUCACUGCUACUUUCUGAGGAGGUAACUUCCACCAUCUUUCCACGUUAGUAAAAUAUUUAUUAAUUAUAUAUAUAUAUAUAUACACACACACAUAUAUAUAGCAUGUGAAAACUACUUUCUUUGUGCAAGCAUGGGCAAUGCUGGUAGAAAAGAGAACUCUGCUUAUCUAUGGACUUGCUCUUUGCUAGCUGUCAUUUUUUGUUGUUUUUUUUCUUCUUUUUGGUAUAUUUAUUUAACUCCUUUGGUUCUUUUUUAACAUAUAAAUAAAUCUUUCUACAAACAAAAAGUUUAUCAUGGAAGAAUGGAAAACAGCUGCUCAGCAAUUGGUGGUACAUCUUCCUCCAUAGUUUUUUUUAAAGUGCUGUUAGCCUCUGCAUCCCUCCUAUAAGAGAAUGAUAGACUUAGUUUUGUGUGCCAAACAGAAGCUGGUGAACUGUUGCAUGAAAUGUAGUAGUUGGCUGCCAUGCUUUGCUUUAAGAAUUUUUUAGAGAAAUUGGCAUCUGGAAGGAUAGCAUCGUUCACUCUUCUUUGGAAAUAAGCUGGCACACAGCAGCAGCUGCCACUGCCUGUGUACCUCUGACAUAAGGAGAGAUGGUGUCUAACUAAAACUCUGAAUAAGAAAUAAAAACAGAUGUUUCUAUGGUUAGUGUUAUUCUACUAUAUCUUUCAGCACAUUAUUCUAAAAUGUUUGAAACUCCUAUGCCGCGUAUAGCAGCAGAUCUCUUGGAAAUAAAAGGAAAACUAAAAAGGAAAAAAACCAAGAGCUUUGCAUGAGAUCUCAUCAGCACACAGCUAUGGAGCAUUUGGUUUAAGAAAAAAAAAAAAAAAAGGCAUUUCAGUGACUCACCAUUCAUUACAAAUUAACUGGAGAUGAAAUUUGGCUGAACUGCUUGCCCCAGGACUCUGCCUUUUCAGUGUCUCAUUCCUUAUAAAUAUAAAUCCAAAUACCUUAUUUAAGCUUAUAUUGCCUUCGGGAGUUAUAUUUCCAUACAUCAGUUCAAAACCAGUUCUACAUGUUUAAAAAAAAAUAAAAAAUCCCAAGUGAUUCAAGGUGGUGCUGUAAAACACAGGAUGGUGUUGAGAAGAAGGAAGGUGCCAGCAAGAGAAUUUCGGAAUAACUUCUGCAAGUAACUUAGCAGGUAUAUACCUUCCCUUGCACUGUAGAGUGUUGCUUAAGGUGGAGAUGAGUUGUCUACUCCAGGUUUUUCACUCCACCCACUUCUGAAACUUCAGUGGGAAUCAAAAUUCUCUGGAGUCUAUGACUUGUUUGAGUGUGAACAAUAGGUAGAAAGGAAAAGAGAAAAGUGUAACUUAAAAGCAUUUUUUUUUUUUAAACAUGACCUGCAGCAUUAAUUGCAGCUUUCCUAUCCCCCUGCUGUUUUUGUUCUGCUCAGUGCACUUGACUUCAGGACUGUGCUUUUGAGUUUUAAUGAGCCUGAAUGCCAUUACAACAUCUUAACAUGCACAAGACAAUAAAUGUUUGCAGUUUAGUGGCUGUAACAAAAUACUUAACUCAAGUGAAAUCCCACUACUUGUACUGACAGUGGUGAUCUUAUGGGAUUUAUCAUGUCGUGUGCGAUGUUCAGUGCUUUGAUAUUAUACUUUUAAUUCCUGAGUGCAAUCCUAAUUAACAGUCUAGAGCUAAAAACUGAUUUUGUGGUUUUGUAGCGAGCUGCCUUUGUGAUAUGUAGGUAGCAUUUCUUUCUCUUGUAAUUAAUUUUAAAGCUGGCUUCUGUUGACAACUUCUGAGUUCCCUUUUUAUGUUCAGCUUAAAGUUUAUGAAGGCAGAAAUUAAAAUAUUCUUUUCCAAUAUCACCAUUUUUUUUGGUCUGUUCCUGUGCCAUGUGCCAGUGGUAUGCUGCUGUAUGGGUUGUCAGCAGGUGAGGAAGCAACAUAUGAAAAAUAAGAUUUUAUGCAGGAAUUCUGUUGUAAAAUUGUGGCUUAAUUCUUGAUGACAUUAGAGCUUUGAAGGACCAAACUUCCAAUUGAGCCAUGCCCUUUUUGUGGAGUUAGGCCUUACCACUGUUUUCUACUUCAGCGCGUGCAUCUUCAGUCCAGGCUGUUGUUUCCGCAAGCUGUAAUCCUAACCAGUAAUUUCAUCUGUCUUUAGCACAUUAUGUGCUUAUUUUCUCAAGUAUGUUCUUUCUUUAUUCACUUCUUUUGUGCUUCUUUCAAGGCUGUGCUGUCACUUUCUUGCCAACUUUCAGUUGUAGAUAAAAUAGUGAAUUGAAUACGUCACAGAAGCAGUUAGUGCAUCGAUCUGUCUGCAGUAAGGGGUAUGGCCAUAGGCUGCCACACAUUCAGAUGGUACUGGGGAACAGGGAGGAUGAUUUCACAGAUUCGUGCUUCUCUUUUAGUGUUUUGUUUUUUUUUUUUUCCUCUCAGAAAGGAAAAGAAAGCGACAAAACCUCUUUUGGAAAGUGAUGUUUAAUUCUGUUUCACAAAUAUUUUUGCUCUGCCUGUCCUCUGAGCUGCCUGACUAACUCAGACAGUAUUUUUCAUGUUUCACAAUAAGAAAAUAAAAUCAGUUCAGUAUGUCCUGUGAUAUUUCCCGUCCGGUUUUCCUCUGGCCCUGUUUAGCACUGCUGUGCCUUCCUGCAUCGCAAGGUCCUUGGGCAACAGCCAGUUCUGCACUGUGCUUUCCCCUCUUUCAAAUACAGGGUUUUCUUGUAAAGCACUCCUGCAGGCUGGAAUUGAUGCUGUCUCUCUAAAGUUCCCUCUGAAGCACUAUUCUGUUCUUCUCUAAGGCAUUAUACAGCACAAAAGGCAAAAAGAAUUUUAUUUUUCUUACGUGAGUUGAAAUCAACUAACGCUGCUCUGCUGUACAACCAGAAGAUAUCUGCAGGCCUCAGAGUGCUCCUGAGUGAAACGACAGCUUGUGCAAUGUGGGCUACGAAACAAAACUGAAUUUAUGGUAUCCGCUUGUAAUAAGCUGAAUGGUUUUUAAGCAUGCCCAUGUGAAAGUGUUGAAAGAAAUUUAAUCUUGAAGUUACUUGUGACCCUUGGCUUUUUUUCCUUCACCAAGUUUUUAGUUUUCUAAGAGCAAUAUAAAUGCAUCAAGUUAGAGUUGUAUAUUAACUGUAUAUAAAAUAAAAAAAAAAAAAACAGGGCAAGAA